AUGCAUCGCACGAACACAUCAUAUCUCUCAGCGCUUCGCGCAUCCAUCAAUGACAAACUACUCCAGCUUGAGGACCAGAUCAGUUCCGCGGAUCCUCAUUCUCGUCCACAUCUCUUUGAGGCAACACCCUGGCCCUUCCUCGAUGAUCCAGAGUAUCUGCCGCCGCAGCCCGUUUUUGAUCUCCUAGAUGACCUCCGCCUAGACCUACGAGCUCUCGACUCCCUCGUUACACCGACUCGUUUCAAGCUCGUCGAGAUUGGCAACCUGCCAUAUAAGGUCGCCGCCCUGGAGACCGCUGUGCUGCUGAACGUCGCUGAAGCGAUCGAAUCUGCGCCCUUCCAUGGCUAUGCACCCCUCGCCGACCUUGCCAAGCUCUGGAUGUCAAUGAGCAUAAACUUGGCCGCAUCCUUCGCCUGCUUACCGGCGAGUUCAUCUUCCAAGAAACCGAGCGCGGAGUGCAUGGGCUCUGCAGGUGGCAUUUCCAAGGACAUCACGUCCCCUGACACCAAGCAUUCGUUCGCAGAACGAGAUGCCCCUUUCUGUAAGGUCGUCUCGAAGAGCGGAAAGACGUUUGCAGAGUACAUGGGUGACCCUGAGAACGCGGCAAUGGUGGAGCUGAGUGGCGAAGGGGUGGUCGGCUGGUUGAACAAGCUGACGAGGGCUAGUCUGUUGGGAGACUAUCCGUGGGAAGAAUUAAACGAAGGCAGUGUCAUCAUCGAUCUCGGUGCAGGUGCCGGAGACAGCGGCAUGGAUGUCAUGAGGAAAUUCCCAAACAAGCACUUCAAAUGGGUCUAUCAAGACUUCGGACCGGUCUUGGAUAUGCUCAAGAAGAGCUAUCCAAGCGAACUGCAACAGCAAGUCAGCAACGGAGAUAUCACCUUUGUAUUACAGGACUACUUCGAGCCCAAUGUCAGUGCUGGGAAUGUAUGGUAUGCUCGCGGUGUGCUGCACGAAUAUGACGACGAACAAGUCCUGCAACUGCUGGGCCACAUCACAAGCGCAAUGAGGAAAACUCCUGGCGCAAGGAUGAUUCUCAACGAGGUUCUGAACUCAAGUCCGGCGAUUAUACCUGUCUCUGCGGCGGAGACUGUUCCUUCGGAGCAUAUUCCGAAUAAGCAGUCGGCGUUGGCAAGUACAGCUAACACCAUGACGUGGAGCACCUUCUCAUUGUUUGGCGGGAAAGAACGAUCGUACGAGGAGUAUGAAGUCUUGCUCAAUAAAGGGGGACUCAGGGUGAACAGGUUGUAUAAGUUCAGGACCUUCACUGUCAUGAUGGAGUGUCUUUUGCAAGAGGAAUCGGAUGCUUGA